AUGACCGCCAUCGCCCUUGACCAGUUCGACGCCGUGCUCGGUUCCACCUCGACCGAGAUCUCCUCGGUCGCCUUGGGUGGACGCGUCCUCAGCACCUCGGACGAAUGGUUCGCUCCCGCCUCGUCGUUACUCAAAGUUGGCCCCGCUCCCUCGCUCAAAGGGCAGUUCGGUCCCAAGGGCGCCCUGUUCGACGGCUGGGAGACUCGUCGUCACAACCCCACUUACGACUGGGUCAUCCUCCGUCUCGGCCCCAACGCCGGAGGUCGUCUCAUCGGCUUCGACGUCGACACUGCCAACUUCAACGGCAACGAAGCACCCGAGAUCUCGAUCCAUGCGCUCGCUCUGACGCCCGAGGAAGAAUCCAAGAUCGGCAACACGCUCGCAGAGAACGACCAGAGGUGGGAAUGCGUCGUUCCCGUCACGCCGUGUGGUCCGUCGCAGAGGCACCUGUUCAAGGUGGCAGAGCGCCACGGAGACAAAAUUUACACGCACAUCAAGCUGCAUAUGAUUCCCGACGGUGGUAUUGCCAGGUUCAGAGUGUACGGUGUCAUCCCACCGCCGCCUGUUGGACAGGGUGAGGGCGAACAGGUCAGCGCUGAGAACCCGGCGUUCAACGUUCUGGACCUCGCUCACUGCCUCAACGGCGGCCGCGUCGUCUUCACGGACGACAACCACUUUGGCGCCGGAAGCAACAUCAUCCUGCCCGGUCGUGGUAAGGACAUGGGUGACGGUUGGGAGACCCGUCGUUCCCGAGCAAAGGGACACUUCAACUGGUCGAUCGUCAAGCUCGGCGAACCAGGCUUCCUCUCGUAUGCCGAGGUCGACACGGCGCAUUUCCUGGGCAACUUCCCCGAAUCCACCGAGAUCCUUGGAACCGUCCACGACUCGCCCACCGUGCCCUCUGCCGAUGCGCAGUGGGUCACCUUGCUUCCACGCACCAAGCUCGGCCCUGGACGCCGCCACUUCUUCCCGCUCGUCGAUGGCGCCUCGGCGCCCUUCACGCACGUCAUGGUCAAGAUGCACCCUGAUGGCGGCAUCAAGCGCUUCCGUGUGCACGGUCGUCGUGCAAACCCGGUGCUGGCUGCCAAGGUCUCGCCGGCUUCGCUUCCCGCCGUCGCGGUGCCACAGGACAUCCAGGACCCGCUGCCCUCGGCCACGUCCGACCCGUUCGCACCUGUAAGUGCCGCCACCUCUCUUGCUCCUCCUUCCGCACCGACGACGUCGAUGGGCAUCGUCGUCCAUGGCAAGUUCCUUCCCGCUGUUCCGUUGACGACACAAGCCUUCGCGGGCUACGGUGCGGUAAUCGACGGGCCUUCGUCGCUGAACCCGGACGACGACAAGGCGUUCAAGAUCGUCAACCAGGGCACAGCGAAGAAGUACCUCAACCUCGCCGAGAUCCUCAACAAUUACCCCAAGGAAGCGGGGGCGAGGACCAACAUCCACGUUUACCGCUGCGACCCCGCGGCGGCACUGCCGUUCGAGGUCAAGCUGCUGGAACGACACCGCUUCACCACGCAGGCGUUCAUCCCCAUGGUACCCAUCGGCGGUCAACAGCAGGGGUUCCUCGUCGUCGUCGCUCAGAACGGUCAAGAUGACCGCCCAGACCUGAACACGCUCGGCGUGUUCUUGGCGACCACCGAGCAGGCGAUCCAGUACCACCCGGGCAUCUGGCAUCACCCCAUGAUCGCGCUCGGCACGCAAGCGACCGACUUUGCGUGCAUCGUCAACGAGUCCAGCUCGCAGCCUCAGCUGGACUGCGAUGAGGUCGAAGUGUGA